AUGCCGCUGCCAACAAUCAAAGCUCAGUGGAUUGCCAAGCUUCAGGAGGAGGGGGUGAAUGUCCCUUCUGAGUGGACACUCCUUCAGAUCAAAGCUCACUAUGCCGAGAUCAUGGAGACACAGAAGCAACAGGGCAACUCCAAAACGUUGGAAGAGACGGACCUUCGUCGGAGUGCCAAGAAGAAAGCCGACACAAUUGCGGCCUUGACAGCCAAGGGAGAACGAGCCAUUUGCCAGAAGUAUCCACCUCAGGGAGGAGAGAAAGUGGGGUUUGGAAAGCAUGGAGACCUAUCACUGGAUCAAGUGAUUGCUCAAUUCCCGAGCUAUGUGAAUUGGUGUCGGGAGACCAUCCAGGAUGCGGAGGACCCAUACUGGAAGAUGGAAAGGCUGGUGCCGUAUGCCGACCAGCGCCAAUCCCACAAGGACCAGGGCAAGGGCUACUUCACCUACAGCAAGACUACACCGGGAAACAGUGGACACAGCUGGGACGGCGAUAUUUCAGAGCAGGACCAUUGGGAGAAGGUCGAACACGACAAGGCAGAGAUCGAGAAGCGCAUGGGCAUUCCUGGAGGCAAAAACACGAAGCACAAGGAAAGCAAGACCCAAGCCGAGAUCGAGAACGAGAGUUUGAAGGCCCAACUCAAGGAGAUGCAGUCAGUCAAUGCAGAGUUGGAACUACAAGUGAGUUGUGUGAAGGGCCGCAAGGAGAUGUAG